AUGGCACAUAACAAGAAAAGAACACUGACCUUCCAAACACCAAAGAAGAAGGCCAUGACGCCCCUUAGAAUCGCAAAGGAGACUGCCUCAACAUCCAGCACACACUUUUCAGACACGGAAAGGGAUAAUCACAUGCAGCCAGCUAUCACUAGCACUUCAAACAAUAUUUCUACUUCUCUGGAAAAUAAGCUCAUCGAGGCGUAUAGGGAAGAGAACUCCUUCUUAAGGAACCUAAAGAGCGAUGUUCUUCUCUAUACUAAACUCCUUGGAAUAACAAUUGACCAGGAUGGAUCUUUUAUUAAUUUUUCAAUUCAAAGGACAAGCACGACAGGAAAGAAGAAGCUUGGUUUUACACUCGAGGAGGCAGAGCAGAAUUACAUCUUUACACUGAAAGAGUCCGAGAACUGCAAUGUUCCAGAAUACUUCUACGAUGUUAUUGAGUUUGAUAAGAAGGUGUUUCCACAGUUCUUUUACAAAGCUAUGCAGGCCGUCUACGAGACAAGAUCAAAUGAGUAA